CUUAGAGAUUUGGUGAUCAGUCUUAAAUAGCAGUAGCUGAAGGUCUACAUACUGUAAGAACUGUAAGAAUGGCAUUUAAUCAGCAACAGCCGUUUUACAACCCGGCUUUACCUCCACAGCACGGUUUUCCUCCUCAGCAGGCCAUACCUCCUGUAUGUGGGUUUCCUUCAUACCCAUCUGCAGUCGGCUAUACGAUCCCAUACAAAACGAUAAUCAAUGGUGGAUUAUAUCCUGGGAAAAACAUUAUCAUCCAAGGAAUUAUUAACCCUAAUGCCAAGAGAUUGGCGUUUAACCUGUGUCACAGAACCGGGAUUGCAUUGCACUACAAUCCCCGAUUUGAUGAGAAUGUGGUUGUUCGAAACAGCCAUAAGAUGGAGAAGUGGGAUGCAGAGGAACGGUUUGGAGGCAUGCCAUUCCAAAGAGGACAACCUUUUCAGGUCACCAUCACUUGCAAUCCCCAUCAUUACAAUGUGUUUGUCAAUGGCCAACAAGCACACACUUUCAAUCACCGUUACACAAAUCUGCAUGAGAUUGAUAUUUUGGAGGUUUGUGGGGAUGUACAGUUAACUUUAGUGCAGGUUUAACAAGGAUUUCCUUUUUGAUAAAUCCCCAUAAACCAUGUUUUUAGCUAAAUUAUGUUUGACAGUUAAGGUGUAUUCAUCCAGGCCACUAUUUUAUGCUAACUAAAUGAAAUAGAUACAUUUAUCAAAAUUGUGUCUGUAAAGUGUAAGCAUUUGCACCUGUAGACAAUAUUCUCAGUUAUUUUCCACUUGACAACAGUCAGUAUUUCAUUAAGUAUUUUCACUAGGGGAUUACUGUGGCUUUUUUAAUGCAGGAAACUUUAUAAAGUUAAUAUAAGUUUUAUAAGAUUAAUAUAACAAUAAAGUUAAUUUAGACCAAAUUGCUGUUAGGUUUUUUUUAUGUUAUGAUUUGAGUAUUUUUACUUUUUAAAUUUGAAAGCCUAGACAAUAUGACACAUUUUAUCAAAUUUUAUCAAAGAUUUAACAACAUUAAUUCCAUGCUACGAAAUAUAUGAACACUUAAAUACACUUAAGUUAUAUACUGUAACAAUUCUUUCUAGUUCUCAAAUCUUAUUGGCUAAGAGCCCUUUCCAGCCUUGUGUGACAUUCUACUAAUAUCAGAAUUGUAACCGCUUCACUGGUUGUAUUGUUCCGCCACCUACUGGUCAUUUUAGUGAGCGAGGCGAGGCUUCUUUCUUGAGCCAGCCAUAUGGUCACAUAUCUGUGACUGGAAAAAGCUGCCACCAGAGCGAAUGGUUACACACACACAUCCACUGGCACAAACACUGUUUUUAAACACUUUCUGUGUGUCUCAAUAAAUUCCAUAUAGCUCGUGAACCAGUCCUUGUAUCCCAAUCGAAUGUGAUAUCCCUACGCUGUAAUCCCGUCAUAGAGCAGAGCUCCUGGAUGUAAAGUUUCGAGGGAUUAGCGCAAUAAUGUCACAUCGUGUGGAUGAUUAAAAUAUACUUGGCGAAUAAAGCAAUGAAAACAAUAAUUUUCUUGUUAUCUGGAUUGUCUGUUUAUGCAUGUACCCUUCACGGAGUGCACUUAUAAGGAGGCAAAAAUGCCUUUUGAAAGGACACUAGGUGUUUAUCAAUGUCAAGGAAGGAUCCUUGGAAGCCAGAAUUUCAAGGAUGCUACGUCAUCGACAUCCGUCGAAGGACUGUUCCAAUGUCGAGGAUUCUCGGAAUUUCAAGCAAGAACUGAGCCCUUCGUUCGAAAAAUAUCCCAUAUAUAGGAAAGGAUGCAUAUGUGUAGCCUUCACGCUCUUCGAACUCUCAAACUUAAUUUUCCAUCAAUUAAAAAACUUGAACAUAAAAAAAUGGCACAAUAGAAUAAUGGUGUAUUGAAAAAUAUAGAUAAAAUUCCGACUGUAACACAAGAUUUCUUAACAGAGGUAACUGUAGGCAAAUAUGUUACCAUGGA